AUGGAGUCUAAAGUCGCAGGGGGUUCAAAUGCGGAUGACUGUGAAGUCGAUCGCAUAGACCUGCGUCUCCCGGAGACGGUGUCCGAUUCUAAAUGCUCCGCGAUUUUUCACUACGGUGAAAGCAAGGAAUGCUGUAUUUCGUGUUUUGUCCUCAUCGAUUCCGUCAAGGUCGAGGACGGGAAAUCUGUCAUCAAAUACCUCUGGACCUACCCCCUGGAAAUUAAAGAAGUACAGGAGAAGUAUCCGAACCUUAAUUUAUUUAUUUUGAGUGAUGUGCCUCAGCCUGCGAAAGCCCAGAAGAUCAACUACACCUCCAUCAGUACGAGUGAUAGCGGCCACCGCACCUACUAUCACUGUGUGGUUUUUGACAACAACCAAGUCGCUGUGAGCAUAACCAAGCACCCGUGGUGCAACUUCUUCUACAAUUUAGGUGGUCUUUUUGAUAUGAGGACACGCCAUUUGGGGGACCGAAUGUUAAAGACCCUCUUCUCGUGCCUAACACCCCCAUCAGGCGCGAGUUUUCCCACGCCGCCAGGCACCGAUCUAUCCUUUAAGCGGCCCUAUGACCGGAUCUGCCCUUUCAUCGAUACCUCUCCGCUGGACCUGCUUCAGACAUUUCCUAAUCUCAACGUUCUCUUCAGUAUUAUGUCGAACUUGCUUUUGGAAAAGACUACCAUCAUCGUCGGCCCUAAUUACCCGAUUGUUUCGAAGGUUCUGAUGUCUCUUCAGGCAUUUAUCUCACCAUUCGAAUGGGUGCAUAUCGUACUCUCCCCUUGCUUGCCUGAGCUGAUGAAUUAUUUACAGGCCCCAGUACCGAUCCUGUGUAGUCUGCAAACAUGGCAAUUGCAAUUAUUGGAUGAAGAGAUGAUUGAAUCGUGUUUGAUGGUGGAACUAGACGAAAAUGGGGUGUACAAACGUGAGAAGUAUUUUAGUCAGGAUCCAUGCCUACUUCCUAAAUCGGGCAAGCUAAGCAAGUUUCGUACAUGCCUUAACCUUUUCCGGAAACGCACACCAGACAACAAUGUCGUCUGCGAUUUGUGUCGGAUGUUAUUGAGUUACUACGCUGAAAUGUAUACCAGUUUAAUGUCCGAAAAAUUCAUGAAAUCAGAAGCAGCAGGUUAUGGGUUGUCGAAGGUUAAUUUUUACCGGGAAAUGUCUGGAAAUUCGAGACUGCACCAUCUUACGGAUGAGAUUAAUAAAUGUUUGGACUCGCCUGAUAAGUGCUGGUUGGAUAACGAAUUCAUCGUUGCCGUGCUGCGCUCUGACCCUUCAUACUCUCCCAAGUGUUACCAAGAGCUUAUUGAGGAAGAAAAGAAGGGUGGGGGUUUCCUCGAAAGGCAUAAAUUCUAUUUUGAGGGAUCAGAUGGACUGAAAAGUAGGAAUGGCAUCGCCAAGGGUGGCUAUGGUGGCGAAAAGUUCAAGUCUCGUAGCAUGCUAUCAUGCUUUUCAUGUGCACGGCGGAACUCUGAUGAGGACUGA